AUGGCCUCUAAAGAUGUACAGAGCCAACUGCCAAGAGACAGGCCUCCAAUUCUUCCUGGGGCUUCGGACCCGGAUCAAAGCUCUCACAUGUCUUCUUCUCAUCUCUGGAACCAAACAGGGCAGCUGGGGGUCCCUCUGCCAGGCAGCUUCCUGCCAACAACCAGCCUUCCUCCCGGUCUAGAAAAUUUGAGCCAGUUGGACCUGAUCAUCAUACACCAGCAGGUGGAGCUUCUUGGGAUGAUACUUGGCACCGAGACCUCCAACAAAUAUGAGAUCAAAAACAGCUUGGGACAAAGAAUUUACUUUGCAGUGGAAGAAAGCAUCUGUUUCAAUCGCAGUGUUUGCUCCACCCUGCGAGCCUGCACCCUGAACAUCACAGAUAACUCAGGUCGGGAGGUGAUUACAGUACACAGGCCCCUGAGAUGUAACACCUGCUGGUGUCCUUGCUACCUACAAGAGUUAGAAAUCCAAGCCCCUCCUGGUACUAUAGUUGGUUAUGUUGCACAGAAGUGGGACCCCUUCCAACCUAAAUUCACAAUCCAAAAUGCAAACAAAGAAGAUAUUUUGAAAAUUGUUGGUCCUUGUGCAACCUGUGGCUGUUUUGGCGAUGUGGAUUUUGAGGUGAAAACUGUUCAUGAAAAGCUUACAGUUGGGAAGAUCUCCAAGUACUGGUCUGGAUUUGUUAAUGAUGUGUUCACAAACGCCAACAACUUUGGAAUCCAUGUCCCUGCAGAUCUCGAUGUGACACUAAAAGCAGCGCUGAUUGGUGCUUGCUUUCUCUUCGAUUUCAUGUUCUUUGAACAUUCACUAGCUGGAUUAUAACAAGUGGUGUGAUGAAAACAAAAUACGCAGAACAUAUUUCAAUAUCCCUUGGGCCCUGAAUUUCAUUUCUGAAUGGUUUGAGUAUUUGAUUUUUAUAACAAAAUGUUAAUUGUGAUAGUUAUUAAAACAUAGUUUAAUGAGACAAUUACCUCAUUGUGAAUGCAUGCCAGCUUGUAAUUACUGGCUUGAGUACAAGGUUACUUUGAGAGAUUACUGUUCUCUUUUUAUCCUUUUGAAGUUACUGCAAUGGUGAGCAUGACAGAUGAGAGCCAAGGCUUGGAGCACCGCUGAUGGAAAUUCAGUGUUUAGAGAACACUUUGAAGUUUUUCUGGUUACUAAUCAAAAGGCUUGAAUUUCUAAAAUAUUUUUUCAAAAGUACUUCCUUUUGACUUUCGUAAUUUUAUUUCUUUUUAAAAAUU